CUGCAGUACGCAGAGUUAAUCUUCUUUCUUCAUCAAUAGUACUCAAAUUAAUUCUCAUGGAGGGAAAGAAAAUAGAAGAGAAUGGAGAGAAAAUGGUUCCAUCCUCGAAACACAGAUCUGGGAUCGAAAAAAAGUCAAAUGAACCCGAAGCUCUCUGUGGUGUCGAAUUAAAAUCUGCUGUGAACUUGGUCUUGCUCACCAGACAGCACAAUGAGUUGUUCAGCCAACUUGAGGCCGAGAAAGAGAAAGAGAGGAUGUGGGACCAGAUGUUGGCACCACAUGGGACAGGAUGGUGGAAUAAACCGGCGGAUCAGUUGAGCCAGGAUGAGCUCAACCAAAUCAAUAGUCUGAGAGAGAGUGUACAUAAUGUUUUGCAGCAAAAGCUUAGGGUUAGAGAUUCUAAUCCAGUAGAAACAAGUACCUCUACGGCCACCACUGCUAAUGGCAAUGGUAGACUUAGGCGCCAGCGUAGGCGCCGUUAGAUUUGUAUUUUAGAAAAUUUUAAAUGUUUAAUUUCUUUUAUACAGGAGAAUAAUCAUAAGUAUGUUAACUUUUGAGAGAUUCGGGAAAUGAAAAUCAAUUUGUUGG